AAAAACAAAAAAAAAAAAAAGUGUUGCUUAUUUGUAGAUUUCUCAUCAGCAAUUAGGACUUGUAAUGCUUUUUAAUGGAUUUAUUGUCCAUUAUGAAGCAAAGGCCAGUGAAGCAGUGAAAAUUUACAUUUCAGCUUAAGUUUGGGCCUGGAUAAUAUAUAUAGUUGUGUCUUGGUCUUUUAGUGAUCAAACAAGCAUUUCCUCGUGCCUCAGGGCUGCUUUGUUGGUCUUAAUGCCAUGAAUUACUGAAGGGCAAUGGCAAAUAACCAGUUGACUAGAAUAGGAGGGCAAACCUGCUUCUUAGCUGAAUAAGCAGGGGAACAGUGAGAAGAAAUAGAGAGGUGUUACUGCUGCUGCAUAUAACACUAAAGGAAAUCAUUAUCAGAGCCCCUAAGAGCUAACAUUUUGGUUAGUCAUUCAAAUGAUUAUGGCUUUCUGCAAAAGGACGAUACUAUUUCAUGGGAUAACUGCACUGCUAAUGCUUCACUGCAUUAUUCUGUAGAAUCACAGAAUAGUUUGAGUUGGAAGAGACCCUAAAGCUCAUCCAGUUCCAGCCCCCUGCCGUGGGCAGGGUUGCAGCCCUCCAGAUCAGGCUGCCGUGGGCCCCAUCCAGCUUGGCCUCAGGCACCUCAGGGGAUGGGGCACCCACAGCUUCUCUGGGCAGCCAGAUCUGUGACUGCAGGGACCCCUCUAAUUUGGUGAACAGGCACAUAGUAGGACCCAGUCCUACAGAGAAGGAACAGGUAAAUUAAUGAUGAAACUAAGGCACAAUUAUCUAGCAGUGAGGGGUAAUUACCCAGGGGAACAGCUUAGCUAGAGGUAACAUAGAUUCUUUAUUACUUCAAGCUUUUAAAUCAAGGCUGCUUUCCAAACGACAUGAUCCUUACUCAAACAAGAGAUACUGUCUUCAGCAGUCACUCUGAAGUUGUAUAGGCAGAAAGUAAACAUGGCAAUAAUAUCCUACUGUUUUCUUCUGGCAUUGAAAACCAUUACUGUAUUAAUAUUAAAUCACUUGUAGCAUCUGGGUCAGCAGAGGUUAGGUUGUGCUGGACUGUUGCACGUUCAUUACUAUGCAGUAAACCAAACCUUCCUAAAAUUUGCUUCUUUGCUCUCAGCACCAGCCCGGGUGCUGUGAGCAGUGCCUGUCUCAGGGCACCAACCCUUACUGCAAUCUUGGGAGCUCUGCCUGUUCUCCACUGGGGAGCCCAGCUCAGGGAGGAUCUUGCCCCAUUUUAGAUCACUUAAAUGAUUGCUGCCAGGGGCUUGCUCCUCAGCUGAAGUGUAACUGGAAAAUGUAACUUGAUAGCAUCUCAUUUAAAUAUGCCGUUACAACUACAAGAUCUUGUACAGACUUAACCAACUCCAUGAGUUUUCCCUGAUGGGUCCUUCACAGACAUCUUCAGUCACCUUACCUCUUUCUGUAGUAGCUUUAAAGAGCACAUUAAUUAAAAAACAGGUGUUUGUAACAAGUGAGUAAUAGAAGAGGAGGAAUUCAUUUGAAAUCAGCAGUUUCAGCCCGCAGAAAGGGUAAGAGAAUAUGUGAAAAGGCUAAUGGUGAUCAUCCUGCUAACAUGAAUGACGUUCCCAGGCACUGCUGCUGCUCCAGCAGAGAAACAUGGUGUGACCUCCAUCUCUGUCACCGCCCUCCUAUGUUUCCUAGGGGAUCUGCAACUGCAGAAGAAGCUGACCUCCCACUGAAAGCAAGUCUGGGCUAUGGGUUACCAUGUUUACUUUCAGGAGGUAUUGUUUCUCCUUCCCACUUCAUUCAUUAAAUAAAACACUGUCUUUCAAAUCUUGCUAACCUCAGGUGAACUUUGGAACUCUGUUCAGGUGAUCCUGUGUCCUAUACAUGCUUCCAUGGAAGUAGAGCGCAAGUUUGAAAAUCAGACUGAAGAUUAUUCCUGGGGUAUUUAGGACCCAUUUGCUCAGAAUCCUGGGGUAUUUAGGACCCAUUUGCUCAGAAUACCAUGUACAAAUUCAGCAGUACAGUUGCCCUUGUUCCUUUAUAUAUCCUGAUUUUGCAAUGAACCAUAAUCAUUUGACCAAUUUGCCAAAAAAAAAAAAAAGGCUCUUCAUGGUUUUUUUUGGUGUUGGUGGUUUUGAAAGGCACCCUGUAAUUAGGCUGAAUAUAUGUACGUUGUGAAUGUUUAGUUACAAUAGAGAUGGGUUUAUUGUAAAACAAAAAAAGGGAAAAUUACCUAGCUGCAAAUCCUAGCAGUUGUUUAGUUUAGAAGUUUAAGUCAAUUUAUGGAAGUCUGUGUUUACUGUCUUCAGAAUUUGAUCAUGACAUUGGAAUGUAUUUUGGAAAAAAAGACCCUAUAAAAUGAAAUCCACAUUUACGGGUAGGGAGCACAGAGCACUUAGGAUCAGCAGUGAGACUGGAGCGUCUCUUUGAAGUGCAGCAAAGAAGAAAGCUUGCCAGUGCCAUUUUGGGUUUGGAAGGCAGUGAACUGAUAUGCUCAGGAAGUUGUAAUGCUGUGUAACAGAGGACGGACCCAACACCAUUAAUUUCAUGGUGAAAAUGUGGACCGUGAUAUCCCAAUGACAGCAGUCUGGAGAUAAAACUAGAUCUGAAGCACUUAAUUUAAAAUAAAACUUUAUUAUAAAAGUCAGUUCUCCUAAGAUGCUGCUUUUGUGCUGCGCUGUGAGUAAUCGCCAUGACUCAUCUCGCUUCUGACAUGCUGCAGCCAUCAACAUUCCCAGCCACGAGUGUUGCCCUUUAUAAAGGAAAUAUCCUAUUUUUGGUAUGGCAAUGUCCUCAGUUUUAAAGAAUUUUCCUCUUUUAAAGCGCUCAGACAAUUAAUGCCUCAUGCAUGUAUUCAACAAUAGUUGCCUAGCAACCCUCAGAACUAUUCGGGAGAGCAAAGAGAGCUGAGAUGAAUGAACCCCAGUGGCUCCAGUGCAGGUAAGCCAGAGAAGGCACAUGGCUGUGCUGCCUCUUGGGGUUCUGCAUGUGCCCAUUGGGAGGAGCAGCUCCAGAGCAGCAUUGCAGGCUCCAGCUGGAGCCUUGGUCAGGGGCGGAGAUGGGGCAAGGAGGGCAGUCCUGCAGCUAGGUGCAGUUACAGGAGGGAGCAGUUUGUUGGCCUUCUUCAUUUUGGAAGCCUAUGCCAAAACAAGAUGGAUAAAGUAGUUAAAAUAAAUAAUAGAAAACAAAUGAACUCUGCUUAAUUGCCAAGAAAAAUUAUGUCGUCUUGUAUUGUACUACACCUGCAGCUAGAGUAGAGUCCUACUUAGCUUAUGGAGAUUUCCAGGCCGAAGUCUAAAUGCAGGAUAUUGAUGUAUGACACUUAGCUCUGGCUCUUCUCUGGUGCUGCCACCUGAUUCCUACUUUUUCCCUUCUGGUAUAACUUUGACCUCACAUGAAGCUUUUCUCACUCUUCUGGAAGAUGCCAUUUGAAGAAAACAGAAAUCUUUCCCCCACUAAUUCCCUACAGCCACCAUGUUUCUGUUUCCACAUUUUGAUCUGUUUUUUUUUUUCAAAAGAUUGCAAUGAAAUGGUUGGUGUGGGGCUGUAGUGCCUUAACUGUAUCAAGCUGAGCUGAAAUUCUGCUUUGGAGACCCCUCUCAGCAGCGGGGCUGCAGGCGAGCACCAUGGCAAUGCUGGUGUGUGCCCAUCCUUUGCCCAUCCCCAUCUCCUCACCCCCAUUCAUGAGGAAAACAAUGAAAUUCUGGCAUUUUCCUAUUGAGUAGAAAUUGUAUUUUUGACCAUCUCAGCUUCAAAGGUAAAGGUUAAGAGAAAGAUUGAUCUCCAUGGUGAUGUAAUUUAGAUCAGAAUAUGGUAUUGAAGCUUUUUGGUGUUUUCUCCAACACCCCAUGACUUGUGUGCCUCUUGGCUGCCGACUCUGCUUUUGGUAUGUAUUGCUGUUAUUUGCAUGUGGAAGUGCCUCAGGAGCCCCACAUAAAACACUGGUUCACUAGUUUUAGUGGCUUUUUUAGAUUAGACGUUAAAAUGUUGAAAUCAAAAUAUGUAGGGGGUGGUAGGGAGGUAGCAGACGCACAAUGGUAAUCUGAAUAAUGUGAUUUUGGGGGUUGCUAUUUUGUGACUUAGAGCUGAAAAACAAUCACUUACAUAUCUUGGUUGUCUGAGGCUUUCACUCUUUCUGAUAAUAAAAGGCAUUUAUUUCUGGCCUUGAUGGCAGAUGAGAUUUCAAACUUAAAAUAUGCCAUGAUCCUAUAGUCUGGUAGUGCUUUCUGGCACUGGUCAGUGACUAAAUAUAGCCAUUUUUGAACUGCUACGAUAAACCUGGAAGUAAUGUUCAGCAGAAAAUUCUCAGACAAUUCCAUAGACAAAUGUGGAAUAUGAAAUGACUUUUCUGGAUUGCAUCUGGUUCGUACUGUAUAUGCUUUUGUGCCCUGUCUCUCUCAUGCCCACGUUUUCCAACUGCUGUCUUUAAAAAUGUUUUGUGGUACGGCUAGAAGUUAACUGAAGCAUCUCAGUGAUUCGUGUUGGUUCAUGCUAAAGCAACAAAUAACAUAAAGGGUUUUAAAUCCCAGCUCUUUCACGCAUUCCUUUUGGCUUUGUAAACCAUUUUGCCUUGUUUUUAUGAAAAGAAGAUGCAUUUAUUAAAAAAAAAAAAGCAAAAAAAAAAAAAACAACCAAAAAAAAACAUGUUUCCCAAAAUUGCCUUCAAAUGAAUAUUGUCCAGGAACAUGCAGAUUCUUGCAUUGUGCUAUGGGGAUUAGUGGUAUUCAUCUAUCAUGCAUAAUGGGGCAGAUGAUAUUCAGAGAGGGAAGACAGUCUAACGUCUCAUUUUCAAAAAAAUUUUUGUUUUUUGUUUAUUUUUGAUAAACCCUUCCCUUCCCCUUUCCCCUUCCUCCCUUCCCUUCUCCCCUUCCCUCUUUCCUCCUUCCCUUUAUUUUCUUUUUCACGUACAUUUCUGCCAGGCUAUGUUUAAUUUCAAGAUGGUGUCUUUGCUAGAAAGAUAAUCAAAUGUAAUGUCUUCCACAACCUCUUCAUAUGCAUGACUGCGUAAAGCUUGUAUAACAGUUUAUUAUUAUAAAAUUAGUAUAGCAUAGCAUAGAGCAAACUGGGCCCCUGGCCAGAUGAACUAGACAAUGAAUAGUUAUAUAAGGUUUUGAAGCACAUGUAUUAGAACACAAGCGCCCUGUAUUUUCUUCUCAAUUGUCUGCUGUUUGUUAAUGUUUCCCUUUCAGUGUGAUUGCAUCUCAAUUUAAUAGCACUUGCCAUUUCAGGGUUUACUGUGCCAGCACUCACAUGGUUACAUCCCCUCUGUGCUGCAAAGCCUGCAUCUAUAUUAAAACCAAACUAGGCAAGGUUAGCUAAUGGGUACUUCGAGAGAUAUGCACUUAUAGAAUUAAGUGAUGUAUGUAAUUGUUAAUUUUGUGUUAACAAGUUUGAAAAAUGUGUUUCACCAAUAAUUGUAAUGCUCCGUUCUGUGCAAAGUGUGACAUUUUAAUUCUUGUUGAACAGUUUCCUACCUCUGCUCUGUGUUUUCAUGGCAGGGUAUUAUUUUGCAAUCAAGAUAAAAGCAUUAUUUAUUAAAGUUCUAAAAUAUUACAUUACUGGAAGUUUUAAGCUGCAGAUCAAUCUCCUGUUUCAUAAAAGCAUUUCAUUGAUUUUUUUUUUAAUUGGCCUUUGAAUUAAACUUAAGUUCCACAUUAUGGAUUGCAUAUGAUUCCAGAACCAGGGUGGUUUUUUUUAGUGAAGACGUUACAGUGUUUUAAAGGAAGUAACGUACCUGUCACAGAACUGUGGGAAAGGCUUGCAUUUGGCAUGUGCAUCUUUGGUGCUGUCAGCUCCCAGCCUGCUGCAUUUUUGGCACAGGGAGCCAAUUGACUUGGGCUGUGGGAAACCUACAUUCAGCACUGUCAGUCCUUGUGUCUUUUUCCGCGUGUCCAAAGAGCUUCUGUUACAGAUUCUGCAUCUUUGGGAGCUGAGUAGCAGCAGUGUGAUAUUUCAGGGGCACAGGACAGCCUGGCUGCAGCAAGGGGCCGCUCAGCCAUUGCCACCAGGAGGAGCAACUGGUGCUGGUGCCACUUCUCUUUUUCUGUGUGCAAUCCCGAGGGCUCAGGAGCCUGGCUCCGGGGCUCCCCUUUCCUAUCAUCUUCCUGUGUCUCCACUUCCCAUUUCACCGCUUGCCCCUUUUGCCUCCACCCCUGCCCAGUUCCUGUCUGUGUCAGUGUAACUCCAUUGCCCUCAGCAGCCCUUGGUGGAUCAUCCAUACCACUGCAGGCUGGAUACGCACCCAGCUGUCAUUUGCAGAGAUGUAGUUCUACCAUCCCAUAUAGGCCUGCCCACAGAAUGGCAGAAGGUGAGGCUCACCUCACCCCCUGUGCCCAAAAGCUUGGCCCAGUGGUGAGGGAGAGUCGUCGUGUCUACCAGUAAGAAUAAAGAAAGGACAGGGUGGGAAGGGCAUAAUAGGCUCAAAACACAGUAAAAAUAGUAAAGGAAACAGUUUGUGCCUAAUUUGAAACCAACUGAUCUCCAUGGUGAUUGCAACAAAUGUCUGCUGUGCUCGGCUGUUUUGUGGAGACAAAGGUUAGAAAUAGGAGCAUAUAUACCUGGUCACAAGACUGUAGAGAAGUAAAAGAGCUCGCACCUUCCCAUCCACUGAGUGGUCAUGCGAGGGGCCCCAGGGGAUACAGGGAAUGGCCUUAUGAACAGCAUUGGGUUGGGGUGUUUGCCUUCCUGGUGCAUCUCCGGAAAACCAGGCUUUGUGAACUACCUUGAAUCUUACAUUUCAGCAGUGCUGUUCUGUGGAGAGUCUGUUGGGCUGUGGCUUCAGACAGAAAUAGCAUGGUAAAAGAACUUCAGAAAGGAGGCAGUAAACGUGAAACCUUAGAUAAAUAAUAGGACUAAUAUACUUGCCACAGUAAAUAAUAGUACUGCAACUCCCCAAAGGUCUUGAGUGACAUUGUCUCAAAGUAAUUCCUUAUGUGAAAUAGAAGCCUGAGAUAAAAUUUCUGCCUUAAGUUACAGAUAUUUGAGACAGAGGGAAAAGGGAGUACAUUAAUCCUUACUGAAGAAGAAAUUCAUGUUCGUGGAAGCCUGGAAUACUAUCAUGUGAUGAGUCAGAAAAUUCAUAUUGUUCACGUCUGCAGAGGUCAGACACGAACAAUAUGAAUUGUUCAUGGACCCUGAGCUUUGGUGUGCAGAUGGGUUAGAUGGCAUUUGCUAACAGACUGCUCUGCUGGGACUGAGGGUAUGGAGAGCUUCUGACUGCAGGAGGUCUGUGGGAGCUUCUCCUCUUAAAACAAGGAUUUUAGAGGGAAAGGAGCUACCCUUUUGAAAUCCUUAGUCAUAAUGAAAAGAUCUCCAGAGGCAGCUGAUGAAGACAUUCGCGUGUGUGUUACACUGCACCAAGAUUUAGUUUCUUGAGUAAAUAUUGACCAGUUUGACCUUUGCUUCUCCUUAGUCAAUAUUUAUCUCUUGGGACAAUGAAUCUUCAUAUUCACCUCUGGUGAAGCCCAGAUCUACUUAAUAAUGUACUUGGAAAUCUCUGAGAGGUGCUGGUUUGUCUUGAAGAUACUUUAUCUGUUUGGAAUUAGAUAUACAGAAGCUUUGGCCAUUCGUGUCGCUCUGUCAGGUUUCCUAAACAAAGCUAAGUCGGGUCACGUCUGGUGGGAGGCUUCUAGGAAAAACCCAGAUCGCUGCAGUCAGCAUGGGCACAGGACGGUCCUGCUGUUGGAAGUGGGUUGAGGAUUCCUGGGUGAUGCGAAAGCCCCUCCAGAUGCUAUUGGGAGGAGAGGACUGACUGAGAUUAGAACAUAGAAUUCUUGUCAUGUAUUUCAUGAGGCAGUGAACUGAAGUUUUUGAGCUUUCUGAACCUUGUGCAGCCUUCCAGGAGCCUAAUCCCGCUAAACACGUGGGAGGAUUGUGCAGAAUGGGGGGGUUGGAGCCCUUCCAGGUCUGUGCUUCCGUGGUUGCGGCAGUGGGAAGGGCGGUACGUCACACGUACCUGGCUGUACAGACCCAAUUGCUUAUAUUCUCAGGUUUGCUUUGCCUUUUCCCCGAUGAUGUUUUACAUUGCCAUAUGUACUUCUUGUGAUAUUUCAUUCUCAUCAAAUUAGGAAGAGAAAGCCUGAUAAUUAACUUAGGAUAUAUAGCAACUGAAGCAAUGUUUGUCAUUUUUACUGGGCAAUCAGUCACUGAUAUUACAGGUGGCCUGUGAGGCUCCGAACCAAAUCAGACUUGUUUCUCUAAUCUUACAACUAUCGGAGGUAUUUGUUUGGGGAGAGGGCAUUGAGAAAGAUGAGAAUUUUAAAAUUGCACAAUUGCAGCUGGAAAUAAACAGAGCGGCAGCGUCACGCAUGUCUGAAGAGCGUGCUGCUUAGUUUUAUAGUAACAGUAUUUUAAGAAUGCUGACGGUACACAGGAAAGCAGUGAAUAAUUCCUGUUGCAAAACCCCGUUGGUUUGGUACAGUCAGAACGCUGAGGCUUAAUCGGCCUGGAUUGCUGGGAGGAAAACAGGACAUUAAGGGGAAAAAAAAAAAAGCCUGCUGAAGCAGGAGUGAUUUAUCAAAGCAGCAUUCGAAUAAAAUGAGGGCUUGGCAUCCUGACUUGGGAUAGGCUGCAAAACGCAUUUCUGUUUUUGUGAAGGUUUUUUUCCUGAUGUGCCUGAUCGACUUGUUUUAAUGCCGGGGUUAUUUACAUUGCAGGGAUGGGCCUCUAUUAUGCAGGAAAUUGUCCAAGCCCCUACAGCUGUAUUUUAAAUUGAAAUGAUUUUUUUUUUAUGAAGUGAUUGUGCAGACUUAAUUUAGUAAUCUAUUAUUAAAUUUAUAGUUCCAGGCUGCAUAAAGCCUUUAUAUAGAACGAAAACGGGCGCAUACAAAGAUCUACGCUAUAUAUACACCUGGUUCCGUAUAGUAAAUCUCUGACAUAUGUUGUCCAUUUCCAGAAACAAAUAAACCGCCGCUUUUGAAAACUCGGCUCCGUUUCCAUAUUAGGGAAUGCGCGGGUCCCGGUGCCCGCAGCUCCGCGCCGGGCUCGCUGCGCUGCCGCUCCCGCCUAUUUUUAGCCAUGAAUGAACGCGGCGGGGCGGCGGGCGGGGAGCCGAGCGGCGCCGGGCAGAGCCGAGCGGGGCCGAGCCGGGCCGGACGGGCUGGCGGGCGGGCGACGCUAGAGGGCAAUGACGGCUGCGCUCGGGCCGCCUCAGCCCCGGCGAGGGGCUCCUCGCCCCGCCGGCUCCGUGCGCGUCGCCCCCAGCUUCCGCCGCAGCGGGUAAGCGGCCAAAUAGAGUCGUUCCGAAGGAGAGUACGGCGGGGCGGCUCAGAAGGCUGCUUUUGCCCAAAUAAGGCUAUAUGUAGACCCCGUCUGUUCGAUAGCGAUCGGCUGCUGGUCAGGGCCCGGUCAGUGCCGCGCCGUGUCGGAGCCCUGCCGCGUGCCGACGGGGCAGUCCGCCUUCCGGCUGGGUUUUCUGAGUGCUGGAGCCUGGCACGGGCUGUGGAGCGGAGGCGGGCUCGGUUCUGCACGUGUCGGGGCAGUUACAGCGAGUUCCCCAGGUUUGCGCUCACUGAACGUGGCCAAACGAUGCUGCCAGCAGGGCAUUACAGCCACCGGCUUCCAUCCUCUGGUGGCCGUGGGGAUGCCCCUUUUGCGAGCUCAAAGUUACCAGAGUCACCACCACCACACCUUACUGGAGGAAACUGCCCGCUUUCCCUGGCGUGGUGGGCAGCGGCCCAGCCCAGCCUGCCCAGCUCCUGGCCACCCCAGAGGAGGUGGCAGCCCCAGGAGCUGUGGGAGAAUGAGGAUGGGACUCGGCCCAGGCGGGAUGCGCUGCACACCAAAUCUUAAAGGCAGACCACGCAAAAAGAAGCCUUGCCCACAGAGAAGAGAUUCAUUAAAUGGCAUUAAGGAUUCCAACAAUAAUUCUGAAAGCAAAGCUGUUGCCAAGGUAAAAUGUGAGGCUAAGUCAGCUUUGCCCAAACCCAAGAGUAACAACAGCAACUGUAAAAAAGGCUCAAGUGAGGAUAAAUCAAAGAUUGCCGUAGGUGAAGAAUGCAGAGCUGAUGAGCAGGCUUUCCUUGUGGCACUUUAUAAAUAUAUGAAAGAAAGGAAAACACCAAUUGAACGAAUACCCUAUUUAGGUUUUAAGCAGAUUAACCUUUGGACUAUGUUUCAAGCUGCUCAAAAACUGGGAGGAUAUGAAACAAUAACAGCUCGUCGACAAUGGAAACAUAUUUAUGAUGAAUUAGGUGGUAACCCUGGAAGCACAAGUGCUGCUACAUGUACUCGCAGACAUUAUGAAAGAUUAAUCCUGCCAUAUGAAAGAUUUAUUAAAGGAGAGGAAGAUAAGCCACUGCCUCCAGUGAAACCUCGAAAACAGGAUAACAGUUCCCAGGAGGGCGAUGCGAAAACAAAAGUGUCUGGAACAAAACGCAUUAAAAAUGAAAACCAAAAGAGCAAGAAGGAGAAAGAUAAUGCACAGAAACCCCAAGAUGCAUCUGAGGUUUCAUCAGAACAAGAGAAAGAUCAAGAAUCAACAGACCAGAAAAAUUUUGCAGAACAGCCUACAGUAGGAGAGACGAAACAACCUAGUCAAGGCCCUCCACCUCUUUUGCCAGAGGCAGCUCGGCCACUGCCUAUGGAAAAGACAGACAUGACAGAAAACAGCUCAAGCAGCGAGAAAGCCAAGGAAGAAGUUCCUCAUUCGUCAUCUUUCUCAAGUAUAUCCAUGCCCUCGGAUGAAGACACCAUGCUGGAUGCCACUGUCACAAAACGACUGCACUCCUCAGCAGAUACUCUGGAAGAUACAAAGCCAGAACGAAGGAUACACAAAGCUUUUACUGAGAGCUUAGAAAACGAACCUCCAGAAAUGCCCUUCUCAACUUUCCCAGUCCAGCUGCCCACUCAAAGUGAUAUGGAAGAUGAUAAAUUGCCAGAGAUGGCUGAUUACAUUGCAAACUGCACAGUGAAAGUAGAUCAGCUGGGAAACGAAGAUAUCCACAAUGCACUGAAACAAGCACCCAAAGUACUGGUAGUCCAGAACUUUGACAUGUUCAAGGAGAAAGAGCUGCCUGGGUCCAUGAGCGACGACUCUUCUUUCGGUUACACACCACUGCUCUACUCAAAGGGUAAUCCAGGCAUUAUGUCACCCCUGGCAAAGAAAAAGCUGCUGUCGCAGGUCAGUGGGACAACCUUAUCAUGUAGCUAUCCUUAUGGUUCUCCUCCACCUUUGAUUAGCAAAAAGAAAUUGAGCAGCAGAGAUGAACUGUCAUCAAGCCUAUCACAAGGUCCUCACGUCCCUAAUUCUGAUCCCAUAGCAAUUAAUAGGCCAUCAGUCAUACAACACGUGCAGAGUUUUAAAUCCAAGGAAGAAAGGAAAUCAAUUAAUGAUGUUUUUAAACAUGACAUGCUAAGUAAAGUGGAUCCUCAGCGCUGUGAUUUUUCACAACAUCACCUCAGUUCUCUUGCUGAGUCGUAUGUACCGAAGACAGAUAUCCAGGACUGUAAAGAUAAAAUGAAUGAGAAAAGGGCACUGCAGCACUCCCGUGUGCCCACUUUCUUGGCAGAUUUUUAUUCAUCACCUCAUCUGCACAACCUUUAUAGGCACACGGAGCACCACCUUAAUAAUGAACAGACAUCAAAGUACCUCCCCCGGGACAUGUUCAGAGAGUCUGAAAAUAUUUCUACUUUUACUCAACACAAACACCAAGAAAAACUAAAUUUAAAUUAUCACCCAUCUUUGCAUCAGCAAGAAAAAAAGGCAGCAGUGGAAGCCUCUUCAGAUGAUCAGCCAACAGAUUUGAGUCUUCCGAAGAGCAUACACAAACAGACUGCAAAGGCUCCUGGCUCCAGUCUCUCUCAUUCAUCUAUGGCCCAGCAAGAAGGCAAAGGUAUCUCCCUGUUCCAGGCUGCGAGCAGCCAGGCGGUGAGCCUAGACUGUAACCCCAAAGCUUGCCGCGUGUCCCCCAUGGCCAUGACUGCCCCUAAAAAACACAGUGAGUUACUCCACAGGUCUGGGAAGCAGGCACAGAGACUGGAGAACCUGAGGAAGAUGGAGGGGAUGGUGCAUCCUAUCAUUGGCCGCAGAAUGAGCCCUCAAAACAUCGGAGCUGCUCGGCCUUUGAAGCGAGGCCUGGAGGAAUUGGACAAAGUCAUUUCGGAAAAAAAAGUCCGAGCUGUCUCUCCUCUGCACUUACCAAAGGAGACCUCAGUAAAAGAAAAGGUUCCCGAUGUGGAGGGGGAAGGCAGCAAGUCUCUGCAUGGCCUGCAUUCAGGCAGCGUUCUGGAGAGCCACAAAUUUCCCCUCUCAGCCCCAAUCUUCCCAGGCUUGUAUCCAGGAACCCUGUGCACAGGGCUGAAUAAUCGCCUCCCGCCUGGGUAUUCCCAUCCUUUACAGUACUUGAAAAAUCAGACCGUGCUCUCCCCACUAAUGCAACCUUUGGCUCUCCAUUCCCUCAUGGUGCAGAGACAAUUCCUCACAUCCCCUGCAAAUUCUCAGCAACUGUAUAGACACUUAGCUGCAGCAACACCUGUAGGAAGCUCGUACGGUGACCUUUUGCAUAACAGCAUUUAUCCAUUAGCUGCUAUAAACCCUCAAGCUGCAUUCCCACCUUCCCAGCUGUCCUCCGUACAUCCCAGCACAAAACUGUAAAUCCCCUCACUCACAAAAAAAAGUCUGAGGAGAACAGUUCAGUUAGCGACAUUCCUCCCGCUGUGAUGAUAUCUUGCAGAUCUGUAUUGCUGUAAGCCAGGAUGCCGUCAUAUCCCACGUGGCGGAAAGCUUUGGAGUGUGAUCGAGACAGGACUACUUCUUCAAUUCUGGCUCCACGCCAGUCCCCUCUCCCCUCACCCCUGCCCUGGCCAAACAACAACAACACACGCUCAAAAAUUCUUUGGAUUUUGCAUAUGUGUUUUCUGAAAGUACUUGUGUAUGGUAAGAGCAAAUGUUCAAAGGGAGCCGUGGAAAUGCAGGCCCAGUCCUGAGCUCACUGAAAUGAGAGGCGACGUUUGCAUUUGCUUUUCAUUGAGCCAAGGACCAGAGGUCGAGUGUUGCUGCAAACGAGUCAAGGACUCGAGAUGAACUUGGCAAGGAGAGGAGGGCCGAGAACCCACACGAUCGGUGGAUGUGCUGUUUUGGGUAACUUUUCCUGACUUUUAAAGAUUCAAUCAAUGCAAUGUAUAGUAAAACGGCAAUAGAUUUUUCAUUUUAACACUAUUAGAACAGAAGGGUAAACACUGAUUAAUUUGACUGUACAUAUCCACUUCGUAAACUACCAAUGUCACAUUUGGUCACAAUAAUUUAUAUAGUUUUGUUUGUCUGAUAUAUUCUGUACUCUUUAUGUUUGUUUCUUGUUUUUUUUUUUGUUUUGUUUUUUCUUUUUUGUUUUCUUUUCUUGAUUAUUUUUUUAAAUUAAACAGUAUCAUUUUACCUGCAACUUUUUUAAAAGGCUGUGGCUGUCCUAAUUUUUUAUGUUUGUAAUUUUUCCAGCUUCUUCAUACUUCUGAGCAGUGUUUUUGUUUCAUUUUUGUGGUAAUGUUUACUGUUUACAAACUGAAGCAACUGGUUCAGAUUCAUCUUAAUGGAUAUAAACGUACUAUAGGUAAUAUUAUGGUGCAAGGGUGCAAACAAGGUUCCUUUCCCUAUGGUCCGACCCUGCAGGUGCUGAGCACUUCCCACUCUCCUCAUGCUGUUGUGGUGGCUCGUGCUGCUUUUCCCUCCCACUGAGCUUUGCUUUUCCAUAUUGUGAUCCGUGAAUUUGUCAAUAAGUCGCACUUAGCUUACCUAGGCUGUGAAACCUUCCUGUGUACCAGAGAACCAAUCUGGAAAACUAAACCUCACACAAGAUGGCGGAUGGCAGAGGAGUCCAGAAAACAGAUUUAUGAUUUGCAAGGAUGGCAAGAAUAUCAGCAAUUAGGACAGGAGUCUGUGCUGGUUUGAACUGGGGGUGUACAGGUCCUGUGCCAUGGGCAGGGUUUGGUGGGAUGGGUAGGGGUCAUGCAGCAGGUGCCCUGCCACUGGGCACAGCUGGCACCUGAGCUGGCAAAGAAGCCAAGUGUCUGUUGGGUCCUGGCACCCCCAUGGGGACCACGUCCCUCCCUGGGCAUCUGCCAGAGAGUGAGAGCCGGGUACCGAGGAACUGGGUUUGGUAAUGAAAGAGCUAUCCUGUGGCUGCAUGUUCACACUGAAGGACGUCACCACCAUGCAGCUGAGUGUAGACAUUGAUGGAGGAGUGUGGCUUAGAGGCUUUUGUGUGAAAAUGUGAAAAUUGGUUGCGAUUCAGACCAUCUCAGUUUACUGUUCAGAGACAGCAUAAUUGAUGUGAAAACAAACAUGGAAACUACUAAGAAACACUUUGCAUGCUAGGCAUGUCAUUAAAAUUUCCCGUGAUAUGAAGCCAAAUACAAUAUAUAAUGUAUCAUAGUUAAUAUCCAAAGGUGGAAACCAGAAUAAUAUACUCGUCUACUGUUAAAGAUCCAGCUUCUUCAAUUCAAUACUUUAUAUUCUUGUGGUAAAACUAUAUUUAAUUGAUCAAUAAACAGACUAGUAGAACUUAGAACAUGGAUGUGCCACUGCAGAGCAUCCUGCUGCUCCACGGAUCUUACAGGAACAGAACUGCAGGCUCAGCUGGGCAGAGGCCAUAAUGUCGAGGACAUCUCUAGUAAAGUUGCACUAGGUCUGAAUUGUGAGAAUCAGGGGUUUGGGGAUGGGUGGGAGGAAGGAGGGCGGGGGAUGAGGAGAGAAUAUGAGGAUCUACAGCAAACACAAAUAGGAGUGUUUUUGGCAAAGCAAGCAUUUCUCUUUCUUGUUUUGGUUAAAUCUGUGUCCUGAGUUUGUGCAUUUGUUUAUGCAAUGUCCGCUUUCCCUUUGGUUACGUCACUUUGGAGUUUGGUCGUAGCCUUUGUGAAGCAGAGCAAAUGCGGAGCAGGGCUGGGGAGGAGAGUGGGGAGGGAGGGCCUUGGUUCCCCUGGGAGGAGACCAGCCCAGACCCCUCCUGGCAGGGAGGCUUGCGUGUGCUGGGUGAGACAUUGGGACAAAUGAGAAGAAAUGGUAGCAUAAGGCCCCAGCAGAAGGGGUGCGUUGUUUGUUUAAGAACUCUUAAGAUAAAUCUUGGAAGUCUUUCAAAAGGCUAUUGAAUUCUCCAUUGGCUGAAAGACUUUUUUUUUAAUGUCUUAAAUGGGACUUUGUUUGCAUUGUUUGAGUUCAAGGGGCCUUAUUAUUGAAUGAAAUUGCACAAGCCUCUCUUUGUGCAAUCAAACCAUUGUUAUUGAUAGGUUUGUAAAGGAAACUGUGGAAUCUAAUUGGCAAUAGAGUCAUAAACCUAUUUACUAAGAACCAGUUCCAAGAAAUGUUGCAAGCCGAACGCACUAUGUCCAGCAUUCAUUAGGGAUGCUAAAGGUUGUGAGAUGAUGAGGUAAUGGCCCAGCAGCCGCAGCUCAUGUGUGCCUUCUGGCUGCGGGCUGGGCCUGCCUUCACCAAGCGGAUCCACAGUAGCACCUGGCUGUCAGUGCAGCACACUCCCAGCAAGGGAGUAGGUGAGUGAGUGAGGACAUUUUGCAAGUUGGGCUGGCUGCACGAGCCAUUUCCCUGCUGUGCCAGGGCCUGGGAAGUCGCCUGUUGCAGCUCAGGACAAGCUGGCUUGGCAGCACGUGGUGGCGGCGGGCCGGGAGGGCUGUGCCUCCUGUGCUGCUGUGCUCCCAGGGCUGCCAGGAUGCUCCUUCCCACGCUGUCCUCCUGUGCAGUGCUCACCCAGUCGUCACGAUUUUAGUGAGAAACAGGAAUUCCUGCCGUGGUGCAAGGCCCACAACGUGAGAACUGUUACAUGAGCACUUAAUAGUGGUGUUUGCUGUAAAUGUGGUCGAUACUUCACUUGUUCUCUUCCUCUUCCCGCCCUCCUCCCCCGGACCCAUAGUUUUAAAUAUGUUCUAAUAAUGGCAGCAUACUCUACUAGCUGUUUAUACUUUUUUAACUUUCUUUUGUUGUAAAUAUUGUAUACUUUUUGUGAUUCAAGUUAUGUAGCCUAUAUGCUCUGUAAGGUGAUGAUUUGUAUAUAUAAAAAUGGCCCAGUAAUAUUAUAUAGUUUCCCAUUUAAAAGGUUAUUGAGUAACCUUUGUGUUAGUUUAAACACUACCAGAAAUAAAGCUGAGCCAACUAUAAACACUCAAUUUUUGUAUGUUUUCCAAAUUGUACUUAUUAAUGCUUUUGAUACUGUAUUAUGUGCCAAUAGUUUCCCAAUCACAUAGCAGGCAAAAGAUAUUUUGUACUUUUUGAUCCACUGUAAUAUUUAAUAAAAAAUGUUACUAUCUGUUCCCUUUUGUGUUUGAUUAAUAAUUCUGUAAACAGCUCUUAUCACCAUGGAUUACAUAUUAUCCCAUCUGACCUUUCAGCCCUCUUAUAUUGGUUUUUCUAGAGAAAAUAUUCCCUCCUGCAAAUGAUUAGAUUAAAGAAAUGGAAGUCUGCAAUUUCCUAGAGGAGAAAGAGACAAGAUCUUCAGUUCCCCUCUAUUUUCGCAGUGUGCUCACAUUAAAACGUGGCUCGGUCAGGCUGACUGCAGGAACAGCUUUGGAUGGGACAACGUUCAUACCUUCUCCAGAAAAUUUGUUCCAUUUGUAUUUCAGAGCAGAGCUUUUUCCCCACUGGUAUGGCAAGCUUAAACUCAUGGCUGAAAAUCACCCUCUGCCUUCUCAGUUCCACCACGAAGAUUUUGCAGCUGGAUGCUAACUGGUGAGUUUGUUGAUGACAGUAAACAAUCAUUGAGUGAAAUUAAUUAGCAUUCUAUUCCUUACUGAGUCCAACACCCCCCUUAACAUGGCAGUCCUUGGAGAAAGCUGUGAUGCAGCAAGCUUUGCGCACUGGGUCACUCCUAUCCUCCACAGCAGGAAAAAUAAUUUCCUUGGCUGUAUUUCAGGAACGUGUGGCUAUUGCCUGGCACACACCAGGGGAAGAUGUGCCCUGCAGGCCUGGGUAGAAGCAGCCCGGUACCCAGAGGGCUUCAGGCAACGUCACUCAGGUGGUGCAGCCUAGGACCAGGCCAGUGCUCACAACCCCUGCAGGGGACACAGCACCUCAGCUGCCCCUCACAAUGACUUGCAGUUACUGCUGGGUUUGUCAGCCUCACCUCUGCUCAGCAUGGCUCUCACUGAUGCGCUGGAGUCCACCCUGACCGGGCUGAAGAGCAGCAGCUCCCUGAUGCUAGUUUCCAGGAAAACAUUUUAUGAUGUUUCUACUGCUGGGAGAAGCAGGCAGGUGAGGCUGGCUGGUAGCACGCUCCUGCAGGCCUUCCAGGAAUACCAAGCACCUUCCUGGAGCUAGGGCACGCAGCCUGUGUCUCUGCAGCCCCGUUCUGGUGGGCUCACUUGCUGCUAGAGCUUCCACUGCUUUUCACUUAGCUCUUUAAUUCAUCCUUUAAAGGAUUAAUAAUAAAAAAAGUAUUAAAAAUGUGACAUGCUCCAUCUAGUGUCUUACCUGAGCCAUGAGCCUGAAUUGCCAUGGGAUGGGCCGUGUUGGUGCAGCAGGGACAUCACCCCCCAACCCCAUGGGGGGAGGCACUGGGGCAGUGGCACUGUCACUUACAUCCCCACAGCCUCCUGCUGUGUGUCAGAGGCAGGUUAUAAACCUGCACUGUAAUGUGGGAGCAGUACUGGGGCGAGAAUGCACUUGAAGGACCUGGAAGAGUGUUCCUCAGUGUGCACAGUUCAUUUGAGAAUGGAUUAUAAAACAAAAUAUUUCCCCUCUUCUUCUGGAGACAGAGGAGCUCCACAGCUGCGUUACUGCCAGUAAGGAGCACUGCAGCAUGUAGCAGCUGAGGUGAGCCACUGCCUCACACAGCUGCAGGCCAGCACCUCAUCUCACAACAUGGCCACCGCCUGAGGGGCAGCAUGCAUGGAGCUGUCUUCAAGGGAGGAAAAAAGUGUCCUCCUUCUCAGCAUGGAUCUCGCCAGGAGUGAUAGAGAGGGCGGCAGGGCUGAUGGUUGGAUGUCAGAUGUUAUAAGCUCUUGGAGCUUGUGCUGGAUGGAGGAGGAUCUGAGGAGCUGUGACCUUGCAUUGCUCUUGCUCUAUGUGGCCAACUGCCUGAACUGAAAAUAUACCCUUGGAACUCUGAUUCAACCAAGAGAAAACGCAUUCUCAUGGUAUCAUCAAAGGAGCUGCGCCAGAUUUUCCUACCAACCAGAUCAACAGGCUGAGUCUGGCAGCUCUGUACACCAGCUCUCGUGACUCCAGCUGAUACAUUCACAUCCUGAGAAGGCCUGGACUGCAAGAACAAUACUGUUCUGCGGAAAGAGGAUGAUCAGGGUAAUUAAUGGCCUCGUUUGCUUACGGUGAUCAGGGCAACGCAGUGAGAUGGAUGGUAUGAGACUAACUGAAGGAUAGAUUGUAAUGUCAAUCAACACAGCCUCACGGAGAAGAGGUCUCAAACAACGGGCUGAAUUUUUUGCUUUGAUCCAGUAAGCUGAGAUUACAAGAACACCUGCACUGAAGUGUUAUCCUUAGGACCCCAGGGCACCCAGCGCAAACCAGACAAACAUGUCAUUUCUUUCAAAUACCCGUCACAGAUAAAGAUCAAUAUAGACUGUUGCAUUGAAAACAGAUAACUAAUUUCAAAAUGCAGUAUUAAUAGGGAAUCACAGGAUGCAUGGAGGCUUGUCCUGAAUUUCCAUCUUAUUCAGUUUUUAAAGGCUCUUGGAAAAAAGAGACAUGAACUCAAUGUCCUGUUUGCUUUUCCCCACCCCCAUUCAUGUCACCGAUCUAAUAAAAACUUAUCACCUCUCUCUACAA